UAAAUCGACAUCUACAUGACUUUCUUGACUGUUGAAAAGUGUACUUCUAGUCUGACAUAUGUGCAUGGUUAAUUUGACUCUGUACUGGAUUUUGCUUCAAAAUUUCUGAAUUAGGCCUGUUUUGAACUUGAAUCAAGGUAGCCAGAAUUCGAGGAUUUGGAUACCUUAGUUUGAUCUGAUUUUCACUGCCCUGACCUGACCUGAAUUGAUUUUUUUAUUCGUAAACAAAUUGGUUGUCAAAAGACAUAAAUAUGAAUAUGACCUGAACUUGUUCUAAACCAAACCAAAAUAAACUGAAUCUUUUUGGAGGGGUGUUGGACUAUGUUAUUUUUGAAGUUUUGUUUUAAAAAAAGGUCACUAUGCCAUAAAAAGAGGCAACUACUUUGGUUUCUUUUGUUUAUCUUUUCGUAUGUCUUGUUACAGGGUGCAACAAGGAUUUUCAUUCGAUUUGGAUUAGAUUUUAUUCCUAUGGUGAGAACUAGAGGUGGUGCUACUUUUAAAAAAAGGAGAGGCCUUCGUAGCUCAACAGGAGGAGUUAAAUUGAAAGAUACAGGAGCAUGUAUCAAUCUCGAUCAUGAAGAUGAAGAGCAUAUUGAUGGUGGAAGCAAAAUGAUCGAUGAUGAUACUAACAGAGAUAAAGAUGCUUGUAUUGAAAAAGGAUUGAAAAAGAAAGCUAUCACUAAGAAAAAGAAACCUUCUAACAUUGAGAAUGCUAUACCUUUGUCAACUGUGAUGGAAGGAAAGAAGGGGAAUGAGUCUUCUUCUUCACAUGCUAUUGUUUUGCCAGCUAAGAAGAGAAAGUUGGAUGAAAAUGAAGGUCUUAAAGUGAAGAAAGUGAAGGCAAAUAAGGAUAAGAACAUUGUGAUUCAUAGGCAAGAAUCUGCAAUCAUAGAUAGUGAUGUACAUAUGGUGCAACGAGGAUUUAAAACACGUUGCAGGCCAUUUCAUUUAGUAGAGAUGAUUAAAACUUUUUCAGAUGAUCAAAUCAAGGCUGUUAAAGAAAUUGGCUUUGGAGGUUUGUUAUCUUUGAAGGUGAAACGAACUGCAACUGAUAUGCUAUCAUGGUUGGUAGAUUGUUUUGAUCAUGGUAGCUGCAUGUUUACUAUUGAUGGUAAAAAAGAUUUUGUUGUGACUGAAUUUGAUGUGUAUGAUGUUUUUUGCCUUCCUUGCAAAACAUCUAAGAAAGUUGAAGAAAUUUCUCGUUGUGCUAAUGUCAUCAACCCUGAUUAUGAUUUAAAGGUUAAAUGGAGGUCUCAUUUUGGUCUUAUGGGUGAGAAUGAUCAGAUUCCUUUGGGUUUUUUGGAAUCUAAGAUCCCUUUACUAGUAGAUGGCGGGGAAGAAUUCAGACAGCUUUUUAUCAUGCAUGCUUUUUCAAGUUUUUUAGCACCUACGUCCAACAGAACUGUGGAUUUGAGAAUUGUAAAAUGUUUGGUUGAUGUUAAUCAAAUAAGAAUUUAUAAUUGGUCAAAAUAUGUCUUAGAUAGACUUUGUGAAGCCGUGAAGAGCUACAAAGAAGGAAAUAUAGAAUGGUUUUGUGGUUGUGUUUUGAUGUUAGAGAUUAUCUAUUUUCAUCGAUUGAGGUUUAGGAAUGUUGUGUUAAAUUCUACAAUACCUUUAAUUCAACAUUGGACUGAUGUGGAUAUAAGAGAUAGAAUUAGAAAUGAAAAGUUGUCCAAGGGUUUUGGGUGUGGAAUUCUUGAGUUUGAUACAUAUCCAGUGAGUGAGAAGUUGCAAUUUGAGGAUGGACAAGUUGUUUGUAAUCAAUUCAAGGAAGCUCCUGUGAAUCAAACUUCUGGAAAAGAAUCUGUUGUUUAUGAAGGUGUCCGUAGCAAUGUUAAGGGUGUUAUUCAGUUUGAGCUACCUGCCAGUUCAAUGUCUAAUGAGGAAAUCCGUUCAAUUGCUAUUGAUGUAAGUAUUUUACCCUUUAAUUCUGUCUGUCUGUUUGGUUUUUUCUUUUUUUUUUUUUUUUUUUUUUUUUUUUUUUUUUUUUUUGUCACAAAUUAUUUUAUUAAAUCUAAGUGCUACAUUUUUUUUUCACAGGAAGUUUAUGAGAAGUUUUUGCUCAUGAAAAGAGAUUUAGAAGUGGUAUCUAACUUCUACAUGAAUGAGUUGAAAGUGUUAUUUCAGACUCGUAAAUCUAAUGAUGCUUCAACUUCGACACCUCCAAUGUCCCAAACUGAUUUAUUCUUUAUGAAUCCUCGUGUUCAUGAAAUUGUUGAUGAGAUUGUGUCUCUUGUAAAUUGGGUAAGCAAAGUGCCUAAUGGUUUGGAUGAUGAUGAUAUUGAUGAUAAUGGUGCACCUGCAAAAGAGAUUAAUGUUGUAGUUGGUGAGGUUCCAAGGAUAGGUUUUGAGCAUGUUUUGAGUAAUGGAAAAUCUAAAUGCUCCCUUGCUAUGGAUGUUAGUCUCUUUGGUGAUAAAGUUACAUAUGUAACUGAAUAUAUGAAGUCAAGUAGUAAGGAUAUGAAGGUUUUGGAUGCAGUUGUCCAGGAACUUGUUGACUACUGCAUUAGUGAUUAUCAUGGUUUCGAUCUCAAUGAGGUGUUGGUAUCUUUUGGCAAACCAUUUGAGAUUACAAGGAAUGAAUUCCUUUCAUUAGGUGCACCGGCUAUUGCUAUAUCUUCUGUUAUUAUUGAUUGUUGGGCUAUGUUGCUUAAUGAAAACCAGAAGAGUAGUGCACAUGGACCUCAAAAACUAUAUUUUGGUGUUUCUCAAAGUGCUUUUUUACUGAAAGUUGCAAACACAGAUAGUAACACACAAGACAUUGACAAGCUAUUUGACAUUUGGUCAAGAUGGUUGUUCAUUCCUUGCAAUGAUUUUGAUAUUGCAAAUGUUGAGUUGAUAUUUGUUCCUAUACUCUUGAAUGAGCACUUUUUCCUAAUUGUUGUGAAUUUGAAGGAAGAAAAGCUUCAGUUCAUUGAUAAUAUGAGUUAUGAUACAAAGUACAUGAGUGAGGUUGAGAAGUUCUCUGAUGUUCUGAGUGAUAUGCUGAGUACUUUUCUUGAUCAACGCCUUCCUCAAAGUAAUGACUCAGUGAAGAACAUGAUUGAGUAUACUUUGGAGUCACCUUCUGUAAAUUGGAAGUCUGGAAAACAGAAGAAUAAUGAUAGUGGCAUUUAUACUAUGGUCAGCAUGCUUUACUUUGAUGGAGCUGAUGUGUUCGACUGCAAUGUUUUGAAAACGGUUUCAACUAGACGGACAUUGAGAGCUCAGAUUGCUGCUACUCUGGUAUUAUCUGAUAUGAACAUUGUCAGAGAUGAAGUUCUUGAAAAGCUAUCUGAAUUCAGAUUAAUAAGGAGUCAAGUUGCAAAAGAUGUUUUUGAUGGGAUUAAGAAGAAAACAAAGCAAGGUAAAAAGGAAAAGAAAGUAUAGGCAGACUAAUGAAUAUGUGGAUGAAGUUUUUUGCUCGGAAGUAUUUGUAUUUUGCACAGAAGUAGGAAAUCUAAUGUAAUGAUGUAGUUUGCAUCAACAAAUGGAUAAUCUAACAAAAUUGUAUAAGUGUUAAUAUAGAACAAUAUGAUAUGAUUCCAGUUCAUACAAAGCUUUUGAAUUGGUGGUAUUGGUAGUUCUUUUGAUAUGUAAUCUUUAAUUGACAUUCAAGAAGUUUAGUGAAAUAUAUAUUAGUUAUAAAUUUGGCGCCUAUGUUAUAAAAAAAUGGUACCUAUGUUAUUUAAAAAGGUUUCUAUAUGAUAAGGUCACUAUGUAUUUAAAAAGGUAUCUAUGUUAUUUAAAAGGUUUCUAUAUUAUAAGGUCACUAUGUAUUUAAAAUGUUAUUAGU